AUGGCAUUGGCACUCGUCCUCCUGCUCGGCCUGCUGCUCGCCCACGGAGCCACCGCGUUCUACGCCGAGCACCUCCAGCUCUCUCCGCUGCCCGCCAACUCCGUCCUCGCUUCCUUCUCCUUCCAGACGAAUGGAUCAAUCAGUUGCUCGCACUACGACCUCUUGCCACGACCACUCGCCCAGGUGUUGCAGCAUACACAGACGAAGGAGCUACACCUCUCCUUCCUCGCCGGCAGAUGGGACGAUCAAAAAUGGGGCGCACUCCCCGACUCUGGCCAUCGUACCGGCGGCAACGGCGUAGAACUCUGGGCAGUCCUCGAAGCCCCCGCCGAACGCCUCAGCGAAAAACGCUGGCUCGAACUCAACCAAGCCCUCAGCGGACUCUUCUGUGCGAGUUUAAACACACUCGACAUGAAACGCACCAUCCGCCCCAUCUUCAGCUUCCAACCUGAGGGUGCGUAUCGUGGUGUCAAUGAAUCAAGUCUACAUGUUUUUCACGGCGCGUUGCCGAGGGAGACGGUUUGUACCGAAAACUUGACACCCUUCCUCAAACUCCUCCCCUGCAAAGGCCGAGCCGGAAUCUCCGCCCUCCUCGACGGACGCAGAAUCUUCGACGCGCAGUUCCAAUCGAUGUCCAUAACAGUCCUGCCCACCACCGAGGCUGGUGGGGUGUCGGUGACGCAGCAAAUCGACGUCGUGAUCGACGUAUCGCGGACACUCCGGAAACGUGCUUCGGAUAACGGGAUCAUUAAACCACGCCCGGGAGAGGAGAUGGCUUGUGAUGAAGCGAAGGGGUAUCACAAUGGUGACACCUGUUUUCCGGUCGAGAAUCGGGAGAAUUUGGGGUGGAGUUUAGAGGAGAUUUUUGGGAAGAGUGUGCCGGGGCGGUGUCCGUUUGCUAGGGAGCAUGCGGGGAGGGGUGAUGUGAGUUAUGUCGUGAACAAGAAAGUGGAUCUCGAGCCGCAGCCUCUGGACUGGAAAGAGUCCUCGGGAAGGCAAAUUGCGCGGUAUUCGUUAGAAGACACAACCCCCUUCACCCUCCUCUCCCCUCAACACCCCCCCUCCGUCGCAGGCCCCCCAACCCCCCCACCCAUCCUCGCCUCCCGCUCCCUAACCCACCACACUCCCUCCCGCGCCGGAAUGCAUCUCACCCUCCACAACCCCUCCCCCUCAUCCCCCCUACGAAUCAGCUACCUCGAAUCCCUCCCCUGGUUCCUAAAACCCUACAUGCACACAUUCCACACCUCAAUCCCGGGGGUGAUAGAAGAGAUGUACUUCCUCCCAGCCAAGAAUCGGGAGCGUGGUACGCAUUUGGAGAUACUCGUUACGAUUCCGGCGGGGAGUACGGUCGAGGUUGAUUGGGAAUUCGAGAAGUAUAUCCUGAGGUACAUUGAAUACCCAUCUGACGCGAACAGGGGGUUCGAUAUCGCCCCCGCGGUCAUCACCGUCCUUCCCACCGACACCAUGACCAACGACACGCCAUAUCAGAUGCGGACUACGAGUUUGCUGUUGACGAUGCCGACACCGGAUUUCUCGAUGCCGUAUAAUGUGAUUAUAUUGACGAGUACGGUACUUGCGUUAGCGUUUGGGAGUAUUUUUAACUUGUUGGUGAGGAGGUUCGUGUUGGUGAAGGAUAUCAAGGCGGCGGCGGCAGGGGCGGGGGUGAAGAAGCCGAGGGUGUCGGUGCUGAAGAGGAUAUUUGGGAAGUUGAAGAGGAAGAAGGAGUAG